GGUGAGAGCAUCACCUGGGUCAUCUUCCUCAUCUCCUACUGGGGCGAGCAGAUUGGGCAGAAGAUCCGCAAGAUCUCGGACUGCUUCCACUGCCAGGUGUAUACGUACCCGGAGAGUGAGGCCAGCAGGACGGAGGCCAUUACCAGGCUGCAUGGGCAGAUCCAGGAGCUCAGCGUGACGCUGGAGGAGACGGAGAAGUACCUGGCGGAGGUGCUGGACAAGGUGGCGCAGGUGCUGCCCACUUGGCGCGUGCAGGUGCAGAAGAUGAAGGCCAUCUACCUCGUCCUCAACCAGUGCAGCUUUGAUGUCACCAAGAAGUGCCUCAUCGCCGAGGUCUGGUGCCCUGUGCGGGACCUCACCCAAGUGCAGGAAGCCCUGCGCCAGGGAUCUUACCAGAGCGGCUCCAGCGUGGAGUGCUUCGUGCAGCGCGUCCCCACCUCGGAGAGCCCCCCCACCCUCAUCCGCACCAACAAGUUCACCUCCGGCUUCCAGAGCAUCGUGGACGCCUACGGGGUGGCCAGUUACCAGGAGGUGAACCCCGCACCCUACGCCAUCAUCACCUUCCCCUUCAUCUUCGCCAUCAUGUUUGGGGACGUGGGGCACGGGCUGCUCAUGUUCCUCUUUGCGCUCUGGAUGGUGCUGUACGAGGACAGCCCCCGCCUGCGGCAGGGCACCAACGAGAUCUGGCUGAUGUUCUUUGAGGGGCGCUACCUCAUCUUGCUCAUGGGUGCCUUCUCCAUCUACACCGGGUUCAUCUACAACGAGUGCUUCAGCAAAGCCACUGCCAUCUUCCCCUCUGCCUGGAGUGUGGCCACCAUGGCCAACCACUCCUCCUGGAGCGCUGCGUACCUCGCCACCCACCCCUCGCUCACCCUGGACCCCAAUGUCACCGGUGUCUUCCAAGGGCCAUAUCCGUUUGGGAUCGACCCAAUCUGGAGCUUGGCCGCCAACCACCUCAACUUCCUCAACUCCUUCAAGAUGAAGAUGUCAGUGGUGCUGGGCAUCGUGCACAUGGGCUUUGGCGUCGUGCUGGGGGUCUUCAACCACGUGCACUUCCAACAGCGGCACCGGCUGGUCUUGGAGUUCCUCCCAGAGAUGAUUUUCCUCCUGGCUCUUUUUGGCUACCUGGUCUUCCUCAUCUUCUACAAGUGGAUCAAGUUCAGUGCUGCUGAGUCCAUGGUGGCCCCCAGCAUCCUCAUCCACUUCAUCGACAUGUUCCUCUUCACCUCCAAUGCCGAGAACCUCCCGCUCUACCCAGGGCAGGUGCCAGUGCAGAUGGUGCUGGUGGUGCUGGCGCUGGCGUCGGUGCCCGUCCUGCUCCUGGGGACGCCGCUGUACCAGUGGUGCCGGCAGGGUGCCCCGAGGACGCCGCUGGCCACGGGGGAACAGGAGCCGCUGCUGGAGGGGCAGGAGGCUGGGAACUCUGUCAAUGCCAUCACAGAGGAUGUGGAAAGAGGAGGGCACAGCCCUGACGCUAAGCACGUGGACUUUGCUGAAAUCUUCAUGCAUCAGGCUAUCCACACCAUCGAGUACUGCCUGGGCUGCGUCUCCAACACCGCGUCCUACCUGCGGCUCUGGGCGCUCAGCCUGGCACACGCCCAGCUCUCCGAGGUCCUGUGGACCAUGGUGAUGCGGAAUGGCUUCGUGGGGCUGAGCUACGUGGGCGGCGUGGUGCUGGUGCCCGUCUUCGCCGCCUUUGCCGUGCUGACCGUGGCCAUCCUGCUGGUGAUGGAGGGACUCUCUGCCUUCCUCCACGCCCUGCGCCUGCACUGGGUGGAGUUCCAGAAUAAAUUCUACGUGGGUGCCGGGUACAAGCUGUGCCCCUUCGCCUUUGCCCCGGACACCUGGGAAUAGCCGUGCCAAGGGGAUUCCAGGGGCUUGGAACAUCGGCUGUGCCCUAAAUUCCCCCCCACUGGACCCCUGGAGCCUCCUUGGUGGUGAAUAAAGCCAUCCCUGUGCCUC